CCACCUCCCUUCUCUUCCGGCAGCCCAUGGCGCAUCGUGGACGACUGCGGCGGUGCCUUCACCAUGGGGAUGAUCGGUGGGGGGGUCUUCCAGGCCGUCAAGGGCUUCCGGAACGCCCCCAUGGGCGUCCGACACCGGUUCAAAGGGAGCGUCAGUGCCAUCCGCAUCAGAGCGCCGCAGAUCGGAGGUAGCUUUGCCGUCUGGGGGGGCCUUUUCUCCACCAUCGACUGCGGCCUGGUGAAGAUGAGGGGGAAGGAAGAUCCCUGGAACUCGAUCACCAGUGGGGCCCUCACAGGGGCCGUGCUCGCCUCCCGCAGUGGCCCGUUAGCCAUGGUCGGCUCAGCCAUGAUGGGGGGCAUUUUACUGGCCUUGAUAGAAGGAGUCGGGAUCUUACUCACCAGAUACACAGCACAGCAAUUCCAGAACUCUAACCCGUUCGGUGAAGACCCCAGUCAGCUGCCCCUGAAGGACAGCCCCACGCCUCCAGGAUACCCGGGCUACGGACAAUAUCAAUGAAGCUCCUUUGUACGUGGGGGGUCCCCUCUAUUUUUUGGG